AUGGAGACAUACUCAAAAAUUAUUAAGAGUACGGUAAUCCAGUUGAGGUAGUUUAAUGGAGAAGUUUUUGUGUUAAAGAUUUUACUGGUUAAAUGUGCUUUAAUAUGGAGGAAUAAAAUUAAAGACAAAAUAUUACAAUUCAGAAAAAAAAUCAUGAGAGAGGGUUUCUCCAACAAAGAGGAUUGUGUCGAAAUAAGUGAGAUUAAGGUUGGAGACAGAGUCAGAAUUGAACUCACAUUACCAAAAUGUUUCGAUAAGGAAUAUAAUUCAAAUAUAAUUGCAGGUGAGUAUUCACCAGUGGAUAAUUCAUUUAAUUUGACUCUUAAAAUAUGUGAACCAUCUUUAUUGUGCAGACUAUUUCCUUGGAUCAUUGCUGGAGGAAUUUCAUUGGCAAUUGGCUUUACACUUUUUUAAAACUACUCCAAUAUUAGAAAUUGUAAUAAUGCAGAGAAGGAAAUAUGUCAACCAUGCGGAAAUUAACAUUAAAUUGAUGCACCUGUCUACCAAAAAAGAAAUCAAAUUUAUAAUGCAUGA